AUGGACGGCCCGGUCGAUCACAAUGGCCACUCACAUCUUGGGUACGACAGCUUGACAGCGGUUAAUUCCGUGGAUAAAUACCUACACUCAGGGACUGGCAGUCACAGCCACAGUCACGAUUCUACCUGUCAUGAUGCUGCGGAUUUUGGUAGUGAUUUCCUAGCUGCUUUCGCCUUCGACAACACCGUGGAACCUUCUACUCUGCAGGUGUCCCACACCUCGCACGACGACUCUUGUGUGGACCAAUGUCCUGGCAGUUACAACGCUCAAGGUCUUCCACGAGGCACAUUCCCAGCAGCACCACAUCCCCGGCAACGGUUCACGACAUCAUUGUGCUCAUUUCCUUACGUGACCGAAGCACCAUUCCUGCAACCGCCUGCACAACACUUCCAUCAAGCACACGCUUACUUUCCCGUUGACUCGGAGUUCAAGUUUCCUGUCAACCAUGCCGCAAGAUACAUGAAUCACCCGCUUAAUAAUGGCCAGCACUACUCUACCCCUCUCAAUGCUCCCGGCAUUUGCACCAUGUCCCAAUGCGAUGUCGUCAACGAUUGCGUUUCGGGAGAUUGCAGGUCAGUAAUGACCUGCUCUGAGGGAGCAUGUUGUACCGAUCCCAGCUGCGCUGAUGCGAGCUGUGAGGAUCUCUGCGAUGGAGAUGUCAUAUGCCAUGGUGAAGCUUGCGCUGAUCUGGGGGACACUUGCGAUGAUACUCUAUGUUUAACCAGCCCACCGUCGGCGUCAGCUUUUGACUCCAUGGGUUGGACCCAAGACUUUGGCGGUGAUUGGAACUUUCAUCAAUAUCCGGGACAUGGUCCCUUUUCUCACAAUCCGGCCUGCAACCACACAAUUGCAGAACAUGAUGUCGCGAUAACAUUGCGACAUCUGAAGGAUCCAGCAGCUCCCUCGCAGCAGCAGCAGCAGCAUCAUGCUUUCCUCGGAUCAUUCGACAGUGAUCAGUUCAUCCAUGGAGAUACCGAAGUUGCGUCGACAAUAGAAACUCCAACCCUAACGGCCGAUCAUGCCACAAGUCCCAUGUCUCACAGGCCUAGUCUUUCUUCCUCUGGUUCCAAAGAUGCAUCAGGACAGCACGUGUGCCGUUGGCUCGUUAAAAGCAAGGGAGACAUCCAUGCCCAUAUAUGCGGUGAAACGUUCCAGUGUAAUGAAGACCUUCAUACACAUCUAGGAAAAGACCACGUGGGACAGAUGUCUAGCAAGACAAAAUACAUAUGCUUAUGGGAGGGAUGUUCUCGCAAAGACGAUCAAGUCUUCGCUUCGCGCAACAAGCUUCGGCGUCAUAUUUCCACUCAUACCUCAUUCAAACCGUUCAAGUGUCCGCACUGCAAAGAGAGUUUCUCAGCGCAGCAGGCAUUGGACCAGCAUAUUCGCAUCCACACUGGGGAGAGGCCAUACAAGUGUGACUACGCCGGUUGCGAUAAAGCGUUCAAGCAAAAGAGCGCCCUUACUAUGCACAAGCGCACCCACACAGGCGAGAAGCCACUAACCUGUGAGAUUUGCGGCAAGUCGUUUUGCGAAUCGUCGAACCUAUCGAAGCAUCGAAAGAUCCACAACGCGGACUACAAGUUCAAGUGCACGCAUUGUCCGAGAUCAUUCAUCCGUGUUGACCAACUUCGGCGGCACCAACAGAAGCAUGAUCGAGAGAAGGAGAAGGGCAAGGGUCGUGUUCUAGAGCCUUCGAUACCGGAAGAUGAUCUUGAGGCCGACUGUCUACAUAUCGUCAACGAACAGUUUCUCGAUGUAUGA